AUGGCAACCCUUACUUCCGUGCUAGCAGGCCUGCCAUCAAUGGGGUUUGGCAUCGGGCUGUCGCCUCAAGUCGGCAUCGCACUCGCUCUCACUCUCAUUGGCAGCCUCAGCACGGCUCUUGGCGGUGCUCUCGUGGUGCUUCAAGCUGUGCCUGAUAUCAAGCGGCUAGGCCUCCUGCAGAGGGGUGGACGGGGAGGGGAGGAGAGACGGAGAUUAAAGGAUGUGGCAGAUGAGAAGGAAGCAGAGGUGGGGGAGCGGGAGAUGCAGAGGCGGCGGCAAGCGGUGCUGUGGAGUGGAGUGAUCACGGCGCUGGGCAUCAGCCUGCAUAACUUCCCCGAAGGCAUCGCCGUGUUCCUGGGCACCAUGAAGGUGAGGAGGAGUGGAAAGGUGUUAUUGGUGCAUGAUGGUGGGGGAACGGGGGUGGGUGAGGGGAAAGAGGAUUUACUGGUGUAUCUAUGGGGUACUGAUGGGGAAAAAAGCCUAGCGGUGGCCAUAGCGCUGCACAACAUCCCAGAGGGCCUCGCAGUCGCCCUCCCAUCUGCCUCAGCAUGUCUAACCUUCCCUUCCCUUCCUCCUACCCUCCCUUCAGGGUGCCUUGCAGUCGCCCUCCCCAUCUACUUCGGCACGCGAAGCCGCUGGGCCGCCUUCCGAGCCGCGGCUCUCUCGUGGGCUGCGGAACCGCUGGGGGUCAUCUUCGUCGCUCUCUUCUUCCUGGCUUCCCUCGCCCCUGAUAUCAUUGAAGGACUUCUUGCUGGUGGUACGUGCCCUACUCUCUCCUCCCCCUUUUUGGGAAGCCGCUGGGCCGCCUUCCGAGCCGCGGCUCUUUCCGGGGCUGCAGAGCCGCUGGGGGUUAUCUUUGUGGCCCUCUUCUUCCCGGCCUCCCUCGCCCCGGAUAUCAUUGAGGGGCUUCUUGCUGGCAGCACGUGCUCUGCUCUCUCACGGUGCUGGUUUUCCCCGUUUUGUUUUCUGCGCUGGCAUGUUGCUUCUGCUGCCCCUUUCACUCUUCAUGUGCUGCCUGUGCUGGCGUGUGCAUCCCUGUUGGGCGGCAUCAUGGCGUUCCUAGUGCUGCACGAGAUGCUGCCUCUGGCCUUUGAGUACGCGGGGCAUCGCAGGGCAGUGCAGGCCAUGUUCCUGGGCAUGGCUGUCAUGUCCGCCAACCUGCACCUCCUAGCACUCUCCCUCCCACCGGACAUCUCUUUGUGA